CCUUCUUAUUCCGGUCUCGACCUUCGUCGUGGAAGGACGUUCUUUUCGAGCCGCGUUUAUCGGCGUCGCGACGAUAACGCCAUCGUUGACAUUGUGCGAGGAGAGCGCGGACACGAAUACGACUCGAAUAUACCAAUAAACCGAGGGGGAAAGAAAGCUCUUACAUAUUGCAUCGUUAUUGUUCUUAAUACUUGGAAAUAACACUCGUGGAAAUCGAUUAAAGUCGUUCAACGUUAAAGUCGUCUAACCAGUGUCGGCACGAUAUCACGAAAAUUUCUCUGUCUCUUUCUCUCCCCUUCUCUUACUAUCGCUUGUGUUUCCCUCGACGAAAGAGCAUAGUUACUGGCUUAUCUCGAGUGUCGGAUAAGUGUCCUUGCCUGAAUUCCUGGAAUCGUUUUCAUCUACCGCCACAGGUGGACUCAUUGAGGAUUUUCGCUUUUGUGGAUACUCUCUACUUGCCUGCCACUGAUGUGUUAUGUUAAAUCGUUUCCCCGCUGACGUCAUUCCGAAGGUCGUUCCGAAGGGCCAGCGAGAGGAGGCGUUAUAGCUGGGAUCAGGAUGACUAUGGACGUGAGUAAGUCGGAAACGAAUAAAAACGGUUCGACGCAGCAGGAAUGCGCCGGUUGUGGGAAAACCAUCACGGAAAGGUAUCUUCUAAAAGCCCUGGACCUUUACUGGCACGAGGACUGUCUCAAGUGCGCAUGCUGCGACUGUAGGUUAGGCGAGGUCGGUUCUACGCUCUAUACGAAGGCCAACCUUAUCCUCUGCAAGAGGGACUACCUCAGGCUCUUCGGGAAUACAGGAUAUUGCGCAGCCUGCAACAAGUCUAUACCGGCCUUCGAAAUGGUCAUGCGAGCCAGGACGAACGUCUAUCAUCUCGAUUGUUUCGCCUGUCAACAGUGUACGCACCGGUUUUGCGUCGGCGAUCGGUUUUACCUGUGCGAGAAUAAAAUCCUUUGCGAGUAUGAUUACGAAGCGAGGUUCGCCAAUAUGGCGCCGCAGUCGCCAGCAUCCCUCGCCUAUAUAAAAAGGCAACUACCACCAACGGCGACGCCACCUGGACAGAACGUUCAUCCUGGUCACAAUCCUCUUCAGGGACACCAGGGCAUAGGACAGAUGGUUGGCCCUCAUAAUCACGCGACGAACGGUCAGAUGUCAGGUGGAGGAGGGCCUACGGUAAAUGGAACGGCCAUAGGCGUUGGUGGGCCUCGUGCACCCGGUGACAUGAAUAACAACGGCCUAUCUGGGCCAGGCGGUUUGGGCUCGGUGAAACCAUUGCCGAUGACGAUGCAGGCACCGACGAGCUGAGACGAGGCCUUGCCACCCCUGAAGAAGCUCAGAUGUCUCAGCGGUUAUUAAUCGGCCGAGAAAUCGUGUCGAGUGUUGCGCGGCUAAACUUCGUUGGCUAAAACUUCCGUCACUUGAAACGGCGAAAAAUAUCUAAACCGGACGGAGGAAUGAUUUUUCUUUUGUCACGUAAAGGAACUCGACGACAAAAAAAAAACAAAAGAGCGAGAGAGAGAGAGGGAGAGAAAGAGGGAGAAAAUAGAAGUGUGACAAUGACGAUGACAAAGUUGAUUCUUGAGAAUCACAUUGUAAAUUAACACGGUGCUCGUGGUACACCAUAAACGGACAGUCUGUGUAAGAUAUGUUUCUAAUGAUAAGUAAAGAAAAAAAGAUGAAGAAGGAAUGAGUGAUAUGUGCGAAAGAAAGAGAGAGAGAGAGAGAGAGAGAGAGAGAGAGAGAGAAUGAUGGAGUCGAUCUGUAAAUAUCCUCACUAAUAUAUCGACUCCACGAAUGGACGCCUGAGGUUAUACGAGUAUACGUCUAACGAUUAAGAUCUUUCUAUGAUUAUUAUUACUUCGUUAAACCGGUUAACGUAAUUCGCUCUCGUUGUUUUUUAAUCCUUCCAAUUAGCCGAUUGUUCGAGCGAGAAAGAGACGGCGACAUCGAGAUAGAGGGAUGAUAAUAAAGAAGAGGGGGAGAGGACGGAAGAAGAAGAAAAAGAAGAAGAAGAAAAAGAAGAAAGAGGAAGAGUACAGAAGCAAAGAAAGUCAAACGAUUCCUGUGUUCUUUUUCAUCCUCUCACAUUUCCUUCUUAUUAUUAUUAUUAUUGCUAUUCUUCUUCUUCUUCUUCUUCUUCUUCUUCUUCUUCUUCCUUUUUAAUUCUCGUUGAAUAAAUUUAGGAAAUCUUGCCAUUUUUAUUACGAGGACUUUCUCAUGUUCUCGACGUUUCUUAAUUUUUAUUUUCUUCUUUCUUUGUUUUUUACUUUUCAUUUUUUAUUCUUUUUUUUUCCCUCCCCUCACAGAGAACGGCACGAAAAGUAUUAUAAUUGAUAAUGCCUUUUUUUUGUUUUCAAGUGAAUUCACGAACUCGAGUUCCAUACAGCCGAUACCAAAGAUUAACGAUGUAUGAUUAAUUAACGAAAGAAAAACAAAAGAAAAAAAAAAAAAAACAAGAAAAAAGGAAGCGGAAACGAGUCGCACGGAUUUUUCGUAU